AUGGAUUCCUCAUCAACCAAACGCCUUCCGUAUCAUUGGAUCCGGCAGAGAAUCGAGUCUCUAGACCCUGAAAAAGACUACGAAGAAAUCUGGCGGUUGUCAGCCGGCUAUGGGUUGACGGCGUUUACGCUCAAUCUGGUGUAUGCCAUCACGUUCCCCAACUUCAUCGUCACCGAGCAGGGAUCUCGCGCAGUGUGGCGGUCAGACGGCGGAAAGAUUGUCCACCAAGCGACCCAGAGAGUCGAGCAGACUGCCAACAACAAUGCCAUCUGGUGGUGGUAUGGACCUCAUCACCCCCUGACCAAGAAAUCCGUCAACCACAUCAAUCGGCUCCAUGACCACUACAGCAAGCUGUUUCCAGGAGAUUUCGGCCACAACGACGACUACGUCUAUACCUUGACCUACACGGCGGCCACUCUGCAUCGCCUCAAGCUGAGGCUGGGUCUUCCUGGAUUCACCGACAAGGAGAAAAAGGCGGCUCAUCUCUUUUGGCGGGAAAUGUCCAAACUGUUCCGUGUCGAGAACAGGCCCGUCCGCGACUUCCCCACCGACUGGGAUGACCUGAUCAGAUACAACGAGGAAAUCGAGGCAAAUAUGGCCAGCGGCCCCGAACGGGCAACCCUGGUGGCAGAAGGCUGCUUUGACCAAUUUGCCUUUCGGUUUUUCCCGCCGGGCCUGCGCUGGCUGGGUCGAAGCAUCCCCAUCUGUCUGUCACUGCCCACCACUCUCAAGGCGUGCCACAUCGAGCCGGUGAACCCCAUCCUGGAUUGGUUGAUCACUUUUGUCUUGGGAUCCUUGAUGUGGUUGAUCCAGACCGUGCUGCCAGACCCUAAAGAAUCCUACUGGCAACAACAGGAGAAGAUGUCAAGAUCGGAGAAAGCACAGGAACUGGCUUCGUACCGCAAAAUCGAUGUGGAAUUUGCCCCUUGGUUUGUUCAAAGACACAAGAAAGACACUCCUGGAUGUCCAUUUCACGCAGCGCUCGGCGAAGAAAGGAUGGUAACUCAGCCUCCAAAAGCGUUCGACAUUGCCAGAGGUUCCCCGGAAAAAAAGGAAUGA